AUGGCGUUCCUCUGCUCCAUCGUGGCCACCUGCUUCCUCGUCUACGGCGGCGCGGGGCAGGUCCCGCGAGGCCAGCGCCGCUUCUACCAGUGGUCGGCUUCGGGGCUCCUGCCUCCCGGCGCGCAGCUCAUGGUCGCCGCGUUCGCGUUCGGGAUCCACGUCGUUCUCGGCGAGGCCAACCGGUGGCUGGUAACCCUGGUGUACGUGCUCGCGCUGGCCGCCGUGCUCCUCUGCUUCCCGGGCAUCUGGGCGCCCUUCUACCUCGGGAAAGCGAUCUGGCGACGAGCCGAAUGGAGAGGGCUCAUCAAUGUGCACCGGCGUCCCGCGAGCUUGGAAGAAUUCUUCUGGCUUUUCAUCACGAGCUUUCUGUUCAAAAAUCUGAUGCGCCCAUUGUUUGCCGUGCUCAUCUCGGUCACAUUUGCUGUGUCCAUCGCCCUCAACAUCGCUUUGCCGGACUAUUGA